UUUCCUAAAAAGAAACUACAUAACUUCCUGUUACUUCACUUAUACUUUGUCUAGCUUUGUCAGUAAUUAGAUAAUUAUAGGAUAUCCUACAAUCAGGUUCCUGAAAUAUGGACCAUUAUAAUUUUUUUCCUCGAACACAACCAUUUUAGGUAAAUUGAUGCUACAGAAGAGUGCAGGCCAUAACUUCAAAGCAUUGGCAACCUAUAUUCAUGGCAUCAUGGUAGGGCUUGGUACUGGAGCACCUAUCGUGCAGGUGUAUCAUGAGAAAUCUAUUAUCUUACCUGAUGUCUCAAGGGUGCUUGCAUGCCUCUACGAGAAGGAUAUCAAGUUUGAGACUCACACAGCCUCUUACAAGAGCCUACUCAGACUGCAGGCAUCGUCACAUGCUCCAGUUCCAUUCUAUGACGGGCCUACAUUUCUAGAAGAAUCCAGAGGAAUCUGCCGUUACAUAGCAGAAAAAUAUGAACACCAAGGAUAUCCAUUCCUCCUUGGGAAGGAUGCCUUGGAGAGGGCUUCUGUUGAGCAAUGGCUCCACAAUGAGGAGCAUGCUUUCAACCCUCCAAGCCGGGCCUUGUACUGCCAUUUGGCCUUUCCCCUGGAUGAAGAAGAUGGUGAUGAUAUUGACAUGCAUACAAGAAAGCUAGAAGAAGUUCUGGAAGUUUACGAGCAAAGGCUCAAUGACAGCAGAUACCUUGCUGGAAACAAGUUCACCCUUGCUGACCUUGUUCACCUGCCAAACUCCCACUACAUCACAGCAUCUGACAAGUUUGUCUACCUGUAUGACUCGAGGAAAAAUGUGAGCAGGUGGUGGGAUGAGAUUUCUAAUCGGAAGUCUUGGCAGCAAGUACUGAGGGAUAUGAAGAGAGUGGAGGAGCAGAAUAGGCAAGAGGAACUGAAGAAGCAGCAGCAGCAGCAGCAGAAAGAGCAUCCUAGAACCUCUGGCCACCCAAUUCGGAUAGACUCUAGAAAGCAGAUUGGAACAGAACCUCGCACAAUAUUGGUUCCUCCUGCUGAUUCUGUGUCAUCAUCUUCCAUAGUUCCUCCCCAUCCUACUGAUACUUUCCCCAGUGAAGCACUGGUUUCCUCUAGCCAAACCACUCCUACCGAUAAAACUUCAGCUGUCCUAAGCAAGGAAACUGCAGUCUUUAAUGCCCCUGACGAAAAACCACCAACCUCAGUUCAAAAUACUCCUAGCACUUCUAUAGAACAUCCUAUUCCUGUCCAAAGCAUUAAAGGUGCUGCCUCCCCUACCACUGCCAAGAAACCUCCAGUAGCUUAUGCUGCCAAGUCCAGCACUCAAGAUGCCUCAAUCCCUGAACCCACUGUAAAAGACCUCCAUACUAGACAUAAGCCAAGUUCAUCAAAGGAUGGUUCUAAUAACCUCGAUGUGUUUGAUUACUACCCAAGCCAUACUGAUAAAGAAACACCAUACAUUGAACCUACUCCUCGAAGAAAUUCAGAUAUGUUGGAUGCUUUCUCUGGGUCCAACAUUGCCGCAGGUCAUACUAAAACCAGUUCAAUAUCAGCCAAAGAGCCUGACCUACCCAGUGUAUCUGAGUUCUACAAGAGUCACAGCAGAGCCACUGGUAUUGAUUCUCAGAACAAAGAAUCAAUUCCAUAUUCUGGUCGUACUGUGCCAAAACUUGAACCUACAGAUACUUCUGGGAGCAAGCUCCAUACAACUGAUGUUCAUCGUAGGCUGCGGACUGAGCAGUGGCAUACUGCUACAGCUGGAUUAAAUGACCUACAGCAAGAUGCUGAUCAUCUAAUGUCUACUCAACAAGGAAAACCAAGCAAAGAUGUGAAGCAGUACCCAUCACAAGAUUCAGAACAAGCAAGCUCACAUCCUGUUCCUGAAGAGCCAACAAGCAUGGAACUGGUUCAAAGACGAGAAAAUACAACUCGAAGACCCUAUACUGACCAGAGAAGUCAAGGAAUUGUUGAGGAUAAAACAUCUUCUGAUCAGAGAAGUGCACUACUGCUCCCUUCUGCACAAGAGCAUGAUGCAACUCCAUCAUGGCAAGAAGCAGCUAAAGAUGCUCGAGGCAGAAUUCCAUGGCAAGCUGGGGAUCCAGGUGGUCAAGAUACCAACAAGCAACCUAGAGACCCUGCUUCUGUACCAAGGCAAAGAGCAGCUCAAGAUGCUAGAGGCACGUUUGGUGAAUCAAAGGCUGUGGAUUCCACUAUACCCAGUGGAAGUUUUCCAGAUGCUUCUGGAUCUUCUCUCUCAGGGCAAGAUUUAGAUGCUGCUCACCACACUACAGCACCAUUUCAAAAGAGAUAUCCUGGAACCAAAGAUACCUCCAAGCAAGCUAAAGACAAAAUUUCUAUUCCAUGGCCAAUGGCUGACAAAGAUACUGAAGAUACCACUGAAGAAACACAAAUUUCUGACUCUUCAUCAUCCCAAGUGCGACCUUCGUAUUUUCAGAAAGCUGAUGCUCCUCCAUGGAAGCAAGAAACAACUGAAGAUCGUCAUAGUGGAACUUCAGCAAUCCAAGAAAAACAUGCUAAUGUCAAAGACACCACUGGAAUAUCUAGGGACGUUGCUUUCAAGCCAAAGCAAACGAUUGGUCAAGAUGAUCAAGACACCUUCAAAGAAACAAAGUCUGGUGGCCCCUCAUUGCUUAGGGACCAACAAACAGACACUUGGCAAGCUGCAUCUACUUUACCAGAGCAAGAAGUAAACCAAGAUGGUCGUAGUGUGGCUCCACCAUCGCAAACAAGAUAUCUAAGUUCAACUCCUCCAUCCAAAACAAGAUACCAAAUUGCUAAGGAUGCCAACAAGCAACCAACAGGGACUGCUCCCACACCUAAAAAGAAAGCGGCCCAAGAUGAUAAAGAAACCUCUGAAGAAUCAAAUACAGCUGAUGAAAUAGCAUCAACCGAGCAGCCUUUAAGUGCCUGGAGUGCUCCUAUUUCUCCACGAAGACAAGAGGUGGAGAAUUCUUCAAGGAUGAAUACAUCAUUCCAAAAGAGAUAUCCUGAUGAUGAAGACGGCAUGCAAGUUGCCGACACUGCUUCUGCAUCACGGCAAAUUGCACCUGAUGGUCGUAAAGAUAUCUUCGAAGAAACAAAACCUGCUGACUCUACAACAAGUGCAAAACCUGCGUACACACAACAAGCUGCUGCUCCUCUUCCAAGGCAAGCAGAAGUUGAAGAUGCUCAGGGCAAAGGCAGACAAAGUAGAGUAACCAUUCCUGAACCACAGGGAAUAGUGGCAAGAAAUACUCAAGUCACACAUGGAGAAAGGAAGACCACUACACCUGGAGAGCAAUUUUCAGAUCGUCCGCAAGCUAUUCCUCAAUCAAGGCUGGCAGUAGCAAAAGAUUUCCAGAGUGCAACUGGUGAGACAACCAAUGAUCAGAAAUUGGUGCCACCUCUGUUGAGCAAAGAACCGACUUCCCAGGUCCAACCUUCCUCUGAAUCAUUACAAGAAACAGCUUCCCGCGGCGAUUUGUCUACCAAAUCAUCCACCAUUGAACAAUGGCAGCGUGCAUCUGUGCCAUUAAAUGAUGCAACUUCUAGUUCUGGUUAUGAUGAGAUUGUCAUGGCUACCAUUGAUCAGAAGCUAACACCAAUGAACCAAAAAGCUACUCCCAGUUCCGAGGUUGUCAACCAGAUGGCCAAAGAAUCCGGCGAGCAAAGAGUGGAACCCCAUGUACCAGUAGAAGCAGAAACAUCUGGUGUUCAAAGUGCUUCACCAUCAUUCCCAGGAGCUUCCACAGCACAUCAUGCCACUGCUGAUGAUAAGUUUUCUAAGCAGUCAAUUAUUAACGAAAGAGUUGGAGAACCAACAAAAAUGCAAGCAUCUACUCCAGCACAUAUAGCAGCUCCUGAUGGUCAUUCAGAGCUUGUUAGCAUACCUGAUGGACAAAUAUCAGAGGCUGCAAAAACUAGACAUGAUCAAGCCACACUCCAGGAAGAUGUUCAUGAUGCCAAUUUGCCAAUUCUUGAUGUUGCUAAAGAUACCUUCAAAGAAACAAAGGUUGCUGACUCUACACCAUCUAGUGCAAAACCUAUGCACACUCAACAACCAGGGCAUGCAGAAGUAGAAGACACCAGGAACAAAGGGACAAAAAGUAGAGAAACUGUUCCUGACGGACAAAAAAUGGUGGAAAGAAGCGCAAGUACAGCUGGAGAGCAACUUUCAGAUCGUCUGAAAGCAAUUCCUCCAUCGGGACAGGCAUAUAGAGAAGAUACUAUUGAUAACCAGAAAGUGGCACCACCUCCUUUGAGCAGAGAACUAACUUCCCAAGUCCAACCUCCCUCCGAACCAUCACAUGAUGCAGCUCUCCAUGGAGAUUUGUCUAGUAAACCAUCCACCAUUGAUAAAUGGCGACAUGCAUCUUCUCCAUUGCAUGAUGUGACUACUGGUUCUGGUGAUGAUGAGGUAGCCAUGUCCGCCGUUGAUCAGAAGCCAACACCAAUGAGACAGCAAGAAUCUGAUGAGCAAAGAGUGGGACCACCUGUACCAAAAGCAGAAACAUCUGGUGUUCAACGUGCUUCACCAUCAUUUCUAGGAGCGCCUGUGGAUGAUCAUGCCACUAUUGGUGAUAAGUUUGCCAAGCAGUCGAUUAUUGAUGAAAGCGUUGGAAAACCAAUACAAAUGCAACCAUCAAGUCCAGAUGCUCAUCCUGCUUCAGAACUUACUAAGAGAGCAACUCCUGAAGGUCAUGAAACUGGUGAUUCUGAUGGUCAAAUAUCAGAAGCAACAAAAGCUAGAGAUCGAGGCACAGUCCAUGAAAAUGCUAAUGAUGUCAAUUUGUCAACUCAUGAUGUGGGUAAAGAUACCUUCAAGGAAACUAAGGUUGCUGACUCUACACCAUCCAAUGCCAAACCUAUGUAUACUCAGCAACCUGCUAUUACACCAUCAAGGCAAACACAAGUUAAAGAAGCUAGGGACAAAAGCAUGCGAAGUAGAGAAACUAUUCCUGAACAACAAAAAAUGGUGGAAAGAAAGACAGGCAUAUCUGGAGAGCAGUCAUCAGAUUAUAAGAAAGCAAUUCAUCCAUCAAGACAGUUGGCAGCAGCUGAGGAUGCUCCAAAUGGUGAUAGAAUACAGUUUCCAUACAUUCCUGACAGUUCCAAGAAGUCUAGUGUGACCUUUGAAGAAGCUAUUGGUCCUGGUUCUACAUUACCCAAAGCACAAGCUUUGGAUUCUCAAGAUUCUCAGCUCAUGAAAGGAGAAUCUGCAAUGCCAACUGCUGACCAAAGGAAGGACCGGAAAGAUGCAAAAGAUGAUGAAACAAUCAUGACUAAAGAAAAAUCAUUCUCAACAGAGCGCCUUAGGGAGAUGUUCCAGGAAAGUGAAUCCAUAACACCCAAGACACAGCCUACCGAUUCUCAGGACUAUAAUACGGUGGACAAAACAUUCCCUGUUUACCAGAAGGGACCUCUGGCUGCACAAAUCAUCCAAGCUGGUGAGAAAAUAGAUAGUUCUACACCAGAGCAUCAAGAAUCUUCUGGUGCUCCAUACACUUAUGAUAAGAAAUUAAGUGCUUCUGCACCAGCCAGAGCAGAUAUUCGUGAUGAUCACAGUGCAGAAGAGCCUUAUAAAAAAUACACUGCCGAUGAUCAGAAAGUGGCUCCAUCUCGAUCAAGCAAAGAACCAGCAUCCCAAGUGCAACCUUUCGCUGCACCAUUUCAAAGAGCAGUCCCUGAUGGAGAUUCUCCUAGCAAACAAUUCACCAUUGAUCAAUGGCAACGGGCAUCUGCUCCAUUACAUGGUGUAAGUGCUGAUUCUGCUCCAAAACAGAUGCACGAACCAAUUAUUCCUGCUUCAGCAUCUACCAUAAGAACAACUCCUGAUGGUCAUGAAGUAGGUGGUUCAAAGCUUGUCAGGACACCUGAGGACCUAGAGGCUGCAAAAGCUACACAAGAUCCAGACACAAUCCAUGAAGAUGUUCAUGAUGCCAGUUUGUCAACUCAUGAUGCGGCUAUUGAUGAAAAUACAGCAACAUAUCAUGCUUCUGGUGAUGAGGUCAUCACAGGAUCUGUGCAUGAUCGACAGGCACAUCCACCUGCAUCAACUCAAGCACAGACAACUGUUGAAACUCCUCGUGACUAUGAUUCAUCCCAAUAUGAACAGAAAUCCACUCCGUCAGAUAAAGGAUCAUCUCAUGCUGCACAACCUCUUUCCUCUGUUGAACCAAUAAAGGAAGACAGUAAUGUUUCUGCAACUGAUUACGCUAAUGCGCCGCAAAUGAUUUUUCGGCAACAAGCCAGACCAUCUGCACCAAGUACAAUAGGAAUUCCAGCCUCAGAUACCCAGGGUGUUAUAGGGAAAAUCCAGGAGGUAACUCCUGAUAACCGCCGCACUGAUGAUUCAGAGCAGGUUGCAGAUGCAUCACAAGCAAUCCCUGGUCAAGAAGAAAUGACAUCUCCGCCAGGCACACCAGUUUUCCCAACCUCAGAUGCACAAGUUGCCUCAACAGAAAUUCAGGAAGUCAUUCCUGAUGAUAAACAGGCUGUUGAGUCCAUUACUCCAUUGUUUUCAAACGGAAAACAAGGUUCUCACGUUGAAUCUGCUUUUGGACCAGGUGAAGUAGGCCCUCCUGAAAAGAAAUUUUCCCCAUCAGAUCAAGAAUUACCUCAUUCUGCAGAACAGCCUACCUCCGGUGAACCAAGGAAAGAACAAACUGUUGUUCCCACUGCUGAACAAAUCAAGCAACAGCCAACUGUCAUUGGUCAAAAAGACACAGUAGACACAAGAGAGGCUCUGAUAUCAGAAGAUGUGCUUGAUACUACACCUACCCAUGGUGACGUUCACCCUACUGGUAGCAUUGAACCAGACAGCAGACCUUUAUCAAUUAAAGGGGAAGAAACUCAAGAACCACCACCUCGUGUGGCUAAAGACUCCCUAGACACUGAAGAUAUAUCUACUGAUGCCUUAGGAAAUGUUCAGUCCUUGAAACCAUCAACAACUCCAGGUGCUCUUCGCAUCACAACUGGCGGUACACCUGGUGAUGUAGUGAUGGCUGAACAGACAUCUUCCACAUCAGGUCAAGAUUCUGCUGAUCCUGUAGAACCAGCCUUCCCUCUUGGUCCAGGGAACAAGGAGAUUAGAGAUUCAACUCCUUCAGGACUAAUAAUUUCCUCUACCAACCCAGAUAAAAGAGAUGCUAUUGUUGCUGCACCUGAUCAAGCCAAGGACUUGCAAACAAUUCCCAGUGGACAGGACAUAUUGUCCACCCAACGUCCUUCAGGGAAGGUUCAGGAAACUGUACCUGGUGAUGACUCGAGCAAAGAUAAGCCUUUCAGACCAUCCUCUGCUGUUCGAGAAGGCGAACCCUCCAAACUGGUCCCAGCAUCAGUUCCAGGCAUACAACUUGGUAGUGCACCAAAUGAAGUAGCCUAUGAUGAACAAAAGUCUUCUCCGUCAGGCGAUGAAGUUCCUUCAAGUCAAGAUUCUGCUUAUCCGGCACAGCCUCCUUCCUCUGCUGAGGCAAGGAGCAAAGAGAUUGGAGAUUUAGCUCCUUCUGCACAACUAAAUUCCACUACUGAGCCAAGAAAUGGAGAUGGUAUUGUUGCUGCACCUGAUCAAGCCAAGGACUUCGAAACAACUCCUGGGCAACAAGUCAAAUUAUCUGCACCAUCCUCUUAUACCCAGCGUCCUUCAGGGACAGUUGAGGAAGAUGAACCUGCUGAUAAUCCAGGUGAGGCAAAGUCUUCCAAACCACGCUCUGUUGCUCAAGAAGGCAAGCCAUCUGCAGCAGUCCCAGUAUCAGCUCUGGACACGCAACAUGGUGCUGCACCAAAUCAAGUAGCAGUUGAUGAGCAAAAGUUUGCUCUGUCAUGCCAAGAUUCUGCCCAUACAACAUUACCAGCACCAGCUCCAGGUACACAAUAUGGUACAGAACUACAUAAAACAGAUGAUGAACAAAAGUUUGCUUCAUCAGGUCAAGAUUCUGUUCGUUCUGUACAGCCAGCUUUCUCUACUGAUGAACGAACAAAAGAAGACACUGUUGUUGCUGCAACAAAUCAAACCAGCACACUGGAAAAAAUAAUUGAUCAAAAAGAUACGACACCCGCUCCAGACAAAGCAAGAACUCCCUUCUCGGGUACUCCUAAUGCUUCAAGGGAAACUCAGAAAAGUACUGACGAUGAUCACAUUGAUGAGAAACAUCCAAGCGAGGGGCGAAUAUCUCCUUAUAGACAUGUUUCUGAGCCACCCGAAGGACCUACCCCGGAAGUGCACAGUGAUGUUGUCAUUAAGGAGACAACACUUGGAUCUAGCCAAGAAGAAACUUCAAAGACUAGACCUGAUUCAACACCAAUCAGCAGUGAUGUGCCAGCAGCAAGUUCUUUGCCAGAAACACAGGAUCUGCAGGGCUCUGCGAAUGCCCAGAAUGUACCCGCUGAUUCCUUACAAAAUAUCGAGUCACCAGGACACCUCUCAUCUGAUCAAGCAUUGGCACCUAUAAUGAGCCCAUCUGUACCUUCAGUUGCUCCCCUAGGUACUGUACCAAGUACAAAUUCAGUCCAGCCACCACGGAAAGCUUCUAUGGCAUCUAUAGUGGACCUAGAAUCUGUUCCAGACACCCAGCAUGGUACCCCACGAGGCGAAGCCACCCCAGAUGAACAGAAAUUUGCUGUAUCUGAUCAAGAGCUGCCACAUACUUUGGAAGUGCCUUCCUCUGCUAAAACAAGGAAAGAAGAGGCAAAUGCUGCUAUGGGUGAUCAACCAAAUGUACCACAAGGUCCAGAAACUGUUCGACAUCAAGUCAAGGCACCAUCAUCAGAUGCAAGAGAAACUUUACGGAAAGAUCAGCAACCCUCUGGUGCUGCGCUUCCUGAACAAAUCACUCAUGCUGUACUUCCUUCUGACUUACGUGACCGACCUACUCCUGAAUUGGGCCGUACUGUUGUUGAUAAGGAGACAACUCUUCUGUCGAGCCAAGCACAAACUUCAGCUGCUGAACCUGACUCAACACUGAUCAGUGGUGAUGUGUUGCCCACAGGUUCUCUACAGAAUCAAGAUGCACAACUUCCUGCAGCAACUCAAGCACCACCUACCCAGUCUCUACAAGGUUCUGCACCCACUCAUGAUGAUUCAUUACGAAAGUUCGAGUCACCAAGACAAGCCUCAACUGAUCAAGUCAUGGCACCUGUGAGUGACUCAGCGGCACCUUCGGAUGCUUCACAAGUUACUGAAACAGGUCAAGAUUCUGCUGAGUCUAUACAACUCCCUUUCUCUUCUGAGCCAACAGAAGACAACACUGUUGUUACUGCAGCUGAUCAAACCAAGGAUAUGGAGAAAGCAACUCACCAACAAGCCAUAGCACCUGCUCCUGAGUCAGCUAAAACUCCAUUCCCAGGAACUCAGGAUGCAUCAAGGAAAAUUCAAGAAAGUACUCCUGAUAAUGGUCACAUCAAUGAACCUUUUCCAAGCCAAGAGCAAAUGCUUCCUGGGGGGAGCAGUUCUCAAUCAUAUGAAGGACAGAUUACCGCUCCAUAUGGAACCAAUGUUAAUGGAAAGACAGGCACAUCUUUAUCUGGCCAAGCAAAUAGUGCAGACUCUGGGUCUGAUUUGGCACCUACCCACACUGAUGUUCACCCUUCAGUUGAUGAAGGACCAGCUGGAAUUUAUUUUCCUGUGCCUGGGGCACAGAAGCAGCUGCCUGUGGCAACACAAGAUGUACUCCUUGAUUCCUCCAGUAAAACUAAAUCAACUGGUCAGGAAUCCAUGGCACCGACAAGGGACCUAGCAUCUUCUCCGGACACUCAGCAUCAUUCCUCACAAACACAACACGAAGCUGCCCCAGCUGGACAAAAGUUUGCUGUAUCAGAUCAAGGAUUUUCCAGUGCUUCAAAAUCACCUUCCUUUGCUGAACCAAGGAAAGAAGAGACAAAUGCUGGCGCUGCUGAUCAAAUAAGUGUACCACAGACAACUGCUGCCCAUAAGGUCCCAAGUGCAACAUCAGAUGCUAGGGAAUCUUUAUGGAAGGAUCGGGAAUCCUCUCGUGAUGGUGAUUAUAUCAGCAAUUCAACAAAUGAACCUGUUGUCAGUGAAGGAAAAGCCUCUCAUGCUGGACAUGCUUCUGAAGGACCUAAUUCUGAAGUGAGCAGUGCUGUAGUUGAUAAGGCGACAACUCUUCUGUCGAGCCAAGCACAAACUUCAAGCACUGGACCUGAAUCAACACCAAUCAGUGGUGAUACUCGCCUUAGCAGUGCUGAUGUGCCGGCUACAAGUUCUUUAAAGAAUGAAGAGGUACACACCCCUGUGGCAACUCAUGUACCAACUACUCAGGUUCCACUAGGUUCUGCAUCCACCCGGAAUAUACCUGCUGAUUCAUUGGAAGAAAUCAGAUCACCAAGACAACCCUCAACUGAUCAAGUCAUGUCACCUAUAACUAGCUCAGCAGAACUUUCAGAUGCUCCACAAGGUACUGAACCAGAUCAGGUAUCUGCUCAUGCUUCAGAACCACCUUUCUCUGCUGAACCAAGUAACGAGGUCUCUCAUGCUGCUCGUGCUCCUAAAUCACACGAAGGGACUACUCCUCAAGUGCGUAAUCCUGUGGUUGAUGCAAAGACAAUACUUCCAUCUAGGCAAGUACAAACUGCAAACGCUGGACCUGAUUCAACACCAAUCAGUGGUGAUGUGCCAGACAGAAGUUCUCUACAGAAUCAAGAGGCACAACUUUCUGCAGCAACUCAAGUGCCAACUGUUCAGGCUCAAGGUUCUGCGUCCACCAAGAAUGAACCUGCUGAUUCCUUAGGAUAUAUCAAGUCACUGAGACAACUGCCAACUGAUGAAGUUGUGGCGCCUAUAACAAGCUUCGCAGCACCUUCAGAUUCUUCACAAGGCACUGAACCAGGUACAAAUUCAGUUCAGCCUUCAGAAGAAGCUUCAUUUGAUUUUUUGAGUGAUAAGAAACCCACCACGACUCAAGGUGAUCAAGCUAAAACCCUACCAAAUGGUGAUCUCCCAACCAGUCAAAUAGUUGGGCAAUCUGAAGGUAAAGACUCCAGAAGAGUGGACUCCCAAGAGAACUUAAAAGGGGCAUCAACCAAUGAAAAUCCCAAGACGCAACAGCAAAUUGAGCAGUUCAGCACUCAAUCAUUUAAAGAGAACAACAAAGAAGCUGACGAACCAGGGAACCAACAACCGAGUGAGCAAGCUAUUGUUGACUCACCAGAGGGCAAUGAGAACCAAGCUGAACAAACUAAACUACGUGACACUGAAACUGGUGGGCCAGAAGACAUUGAGGCCUCAGAAAAUACCAAUCAGAAGAACAACAGAAUAUCUCAAGUGGAAACUUCAGAUCAUUCAGGAAAAAAAGCCUCAGGAGUUCAGCAGCUGGUUGAGAACAAAAAAGAUGCUCCAAACUCAACCCAGGAUGCACCAGGUGAUGUCCAAGCAUUUAGUAAAUCCAAGGAGAGCUCAAGGUCUUCCGAAGAACCCAAGGUGCAGCUUCAGUCUGAGGACGAGACCGGUGAAACUGAGUCACCACGCUCAGAAACCAGGCAACCUAGAGAAGGAGACCUUCCAGCAAAUAGCUACCAGAACAACAGUAGACAAUAUCAGGCAGAAACUUCAGAUAAAUCUGACGAACAAUCUUAUCCUGGUAUUCCGAACAAGGACAGGGGCUCGGGCAGAUCGGAUGACUCAGCCGAUCCAACCAAGCCUGGCGACAUGGAAGAUUAAGUCCCGGAAAACCGCUGUGCUAUGGCUCGUCGACCAACACAUUACGUUGGAAUCCCUUACUGAAUAAAGGCCAAGCGAGGCUGCAAGAGCAAGCAUUUUGCGAAUUCAUCUGUUUUAAAAUUUAUCUUAUUUUCUUUUCUUAUCCGUUAUUAUCAUCUAAUAAGGUCAACUCCGGUGCCAUCCUGGGGUUGAUGUCACUGUACUGUACAUGUAUGUUCUCUUGUUGUGCCUGUCCAAGCACAUUUUUACCCUGAGUUUUCGAACAGUGAGAAUGCAACGAUUUAUUCUUUUCUGACAAGACUUUUUUUU